AUGUAUUUUGCCUUCCUGUUUCUUGCCUUAUCGCUCCCUGCGUUGGCUCAUUCGCGUUCGGUGUACAGCAACGUUUCCACCAGUGUUGAGGCGAAAAGAGUUGUGAAAUUGGAAGUUCGUCUCGACAAGAAAAGAGUUUCGCACUGCUCGGGAGUUUUGCUGUCAGAAAGAGUGGUCGCGACAGCCGCGCAUUGUCUUCACAGAAAACUUAAAGAGUAGGCCAGAUCUUUUUCGUCAACGGUAUACCGAAUUUAAUAACCCGAAUUUCAGGCCUUCGAGUUUCACCGUGCAAUUGGGCGACCAGAAGGCGCAUGCCGCGAAGCUUUUUGUUCAUGAAGGAUUUGAUGGAGAGGUAGUUUGAAAACUGGAUGGAAGCGUGAUUUACCAUGAAUUUAGGGUGGCUGCACCGACGUGGGGAUUAUGAUCCUUGAGGAAGAUAUAGCCCUGCCUUCUGAGCCCUUAUACGUCGGAUGUGGAUUGAAAUGGCUUUCUGGGAAAUGCAACGCCUAUGGAUACGGGUUGACAGAGGGUAAGGAAGAGGAAACAUUGAGCUGUGAAGGAAUAGUGAAAGUCCAUUCAACUUCUUUUCAGACAACGUGUUGUCUCCUGACGUCAGAGAAGUGAACUAUAAGGUGACGGAGUCAAAAAUUAAAGGACAUGAGAAACCCACUUGUUUCACGGGGACAUAUCCGUCCAGAUCCAAGCUGUGCAGGGUAAGACGGUUUUUUCCGGAUUUUUCGAGUCGACGACAGUUCAAGUCAACACAAAAUCGAUCGAGGCGUAGGUAGAGGAGGCAAUCGGGCCGGGCCUGAGCAGAUUUGAAAAAGCCCUGGGCCGGCCUGACCGCUUCGGCCCACGGGCCGGGCCGCGACUUUCGGCCCGGCCCGGCCCGGAAGGUGGAAAAAUAAAAAAUUUUAAAUAUUAAAACAGCAAAAUAAGGCACAAAAUGCUUUGCAGAAUUGAUGCAUGGAUAUUAAAUUAAACCUUUUUGACCCAUAUGCUGUUUUACUAUCUUUUAAAACUCCUUAAAAUCCCUGAUUAUGUAUAUAAAAUGCCACCUAAAUAUGCAAGGGUCGGGUGAAAAUCUUCAAAUUUUUGAUGAUAAACUCAAACAUUUCACUAUAAUUUGAUGACAUGAUGUGAAUGAAAGUGUUUAAGCAGUUUUUGAUUAAACAUGUUGCCUUAUAACGCCCAUAUAUUUACAUAGCUAACUUCCUAUGGGAUAAAAAAAUCGACACAAUCCAACUUUUUGGCUACGUUUUAGGUACCUGCUCGGCUGUCCCAGUCAUCCGACUAGACGUUUUAAUUUCACUUAUACACACAUAUAAACCCUCUGGAAAGCAUAAAAACUUCCAAUAGAAAAUGCAAAGACUUUUAUCCAACCUUUUUGUAUUAGCGGGCCAAACAGGGCCGGGCCGGGCCGGCCUGGGCUUUCACCGGGCCGGGCCGGGCCUGAGCAAUUUUGAAAAAGCCCUGGGCCGGCCUGGUCACUUCGGCCCGCGGCCGGGCCGCAAAAAUCGGCCCGGCCCGGCCCGAUUGCCACCUCUAGGCGUAGGUGAACACCCAAAAGAAGGUUUUAGGAAAUGCGUCGGGGCCUAGAAAAGCCGUUGGAUAGUCGGCGGACGCUCGGAGAAGGCUCGGCGGAGAAUUGGCAAAGGCAACAUGUGAAAAAAUAAAAAUUUGCGGUAAAGAACUAAGAUCUGUAACUUUUAUCUAGGUAGUAUUGGUGUGAGUAGAUGUAAAAUACCUCAAAAUAGGUGAUAGCCUAUAUCCUAGGUCCCGAUCAAUCGCACUAUUUCUACUAAAUAAGCCUUCUCCUAACUUCCCCAUGCGUAUAUAUUUAUAACAACGAAUCGACGCGAUCCAUCGCUCGCCCGAACUGUCGCUGACCCAAAAAAGUCGUAGCGCCUGACGGUUUAAGCCGCGUUUGGUUAUGUAUAAUCGAUGUUUUAGGGCGACUCUGGAGGACCAACCAUAUGCAGAGUGGCUGGAAAGUCGGUCUUUGUUGCCGUUACAUCUCUAGGGAUCACUAAAGACCUCCCUGACCGUUUGAGCAGAUGCAAAGUCUCUCGUGCCAGCGUUCUCGCAAACGUUCAGGCGUUUAUUGAGUUGCUCCAGCAGAUUCCAGAAGAGGAUAGAAAGUUCGUCAAAGAAUACGUCAACGCACUUGACUGUCCACUCGACUGA